AAAAAAUAAUUGUAAUAAUAACCAAAGCAAUAUGCAAUGGUAUUUUAAAAUUUAAUUAGCUAAUUAUGAAAUAAUUAAUUGAUUUGAGAGAGAGAGAAAGAGAACUAAAUUGCAAACGCAUGACGUAUAUUAUUGCUGUUAAAAUUGGGUAAACAGUGUUAAGACAAUAAUUAAAUACAUUGCGACGAUCCAUUUCUUAGGCAGGGGAACUUUACAACGUUCUGAGACGUUGUUGUUGUUGGUCUUUUUGUUGUGCUGAUAAAGCAAAAUAAGAGCAACGAAACAAAUCUGAAGUCGAGUUAGUCACCACGCCUUUGCGGCAGUAAAAACUUGAACUAGCAGACAUCGAAUUCGAACGAAACCCACAUAAUGCCGAUAUUAUAUAGCGUUAUAGCGCGCGGCACAACUGUGCUGGCUAAAUUCGCCGAUUGUGUUGGAAAUUUUGCAGAAGUGACUGAGCAAAUUGUGGGCAAAAUUGGAGUACACAACCACAAGAUGACCUACACACACGGCGACUAUUUGAUACACUAUACGUGCGAGAAUAAAUUGAUUUACAUGUGCAUAACCGACAAUGAAUUCGAACGCUCUCGCGCAUUUCUCUUUCUGGCGGACAUUAAAAAGAAAUUUAUACAGACCUUUGGCCUACAGGUGGCCACAGCAAUUGCCUAUGCCAUGAACACGGAAUUCUCCAAGGUUUUGGGACAGCAAAUGGUAUACUUCAGUCAAUCUCCUGAAGUCGACACCAUAUCCCGUGUACAUGGUCAAAUCGACGAACUUAAAGAUAUUAUGGUUAAAAAUAUUGAUACUAUACGCGAUCGGGGCGAGAAAUUGGAGCUGCUCGUCACAAGGACAGAGAACUUGAAUAAUCAUUCGGUAGCAUUCCGCAAGCAAUCACGAAAUCUGGCGCGUCAAAUGUUUUGGAAGAACAUCCGAGUCUACAUUGUCGUAGGCCUAGUGAUCAUAUUUAUUAUUUAUGUAAUUGUUAGCAUGGCCUGUGGUGGCCUAGCUUGGCAAUCGUGCAUUCAUUAAGAAGACAAUUUCAAUACUUACUGUUAUAGCUCAUUGCCCAUGUUUAUUUACAUAUAUAUUAAACUUUCGUACUAUCAUAAUCUCUGUUAUAUGUAAUAAAGAUGAGUGUAUACAAUUAUAUUUCUAUAUAAAUCCGCCAAA